AUGGAGGAGGUCGAACUCGGCCUCGUCAAUUUGCGCUCGUGGCCGGUUCGGGCUAGGGCUAUAAUUGGAGGUGCCGUUUUAGUCCAUCUAAAUAGAGGCUUAGCUUUGGGAGGCGGUGGAUGGGGUUCUUGCCUUGAUGGCGGGGUCUGGCGGCGUGGAACACGCGGCGAGGCUGCCGGCGAAGCGGGAGCCCUUCCUCUGCCUCUUCGGGAGGUGAUGGGCAGAGAUUGCAAGGUCGUCAAUGACUUCUCUUUGUGGGGCACACUCAUGAGGACUAGUUCACUCCCUGCUGUCAUUGAGGGUGCUGGCAAUGAUGAAUGGAAGAAACGUAAGGAAGCACAGAGUCUGAAGAGACUCGAGGUUAAGAAGAAAAGGAUUGUGAGGAGGAACUCUCUCACUUGCAACACUUCAAAAGAAGCGGCUGGGCAGAUUCCAGAAGAGAUGAAUGCACACGCUGACAAAUUAGUAAGUUCUGAUGAAGCUGUUGUGAUGAAUAACGAAAAUCAUAGCAGUGGCAAGCAUCUGGUGAAGGGGCUUCCCCCUAAGUACCAGGCUACAAUUGCAUCGCAAGAUAGUUUGUCAGCAGUGGGAAAGAAGCCAAACUCAGCCUUCAAAGCUUUUGAGAGCAUUGCCACACAUGGACAUCUGGACCUUACAAUGCAUUGA